AUGCCCAGCAUAGACACAGAGCUCAUUGCUCCGCUGUCGCGGAUCUCGGAGAUCCUGCUUAAACGGCCCGGCCGCGUCACCGUCGACGGCAUCAAGCGACUGGCCAACAUCUACGGGUUCGAGACGUUCUCGGACCUGUUGUCGAUGAACGAACAGAACGACCUGGUGUUUGCGUUCCCUGACGGCCGGUCGGCGUCGCCGGAGGGCCGCGACGGCACGCAGAUCGAGCGGCUGUCGCUGAGUGGCAAGAUCCUGCUGAUUGACAUCGAUUUCCAGGACGGCCGCGUCAAAAACGUGGCGCUCUCGAGCGCCAUCAGCAUCGAGUCGAUCGACGCGCGCAGCUACGACUUUGUCGAGGGUUUCGGCGACUUCGUCAAGGUGGAACGCGUGCUGUACGAAAACUUGCAGGCGGCCACGCUCGACAACUUCAACAAAAACCUGCGGCUUCUGGGCCAGCUCGACAGGCUUUCUGUGCCUGCUCCGUUCGACCUUUUUAACACUUUUAACCUGCUCACAUAUAAUUUACUGAAAGCGGCGGACGCCGAAAAACAGCAGCACCGCUUGGACCCGCAGGACGCAUUAACCGAGGCCGAGGCGGCAGCCGACCUGCAGUGCGGCGUGCAAGGUUUCGGCCAGGUUUUGGUGAACUACGACGACAAGAUUGGGCUAUUCGUGAAAUACUGGCACGACGACAGGUUUCUACCGGGCGUGCCUCAUCCAGACUACUUGCUCCAUUUUAAAAUAGCCGAGAGCCCGCGGCCAGAAAAUGCAGAUUCGGACAAUACGAAGCGCGUGAUCGAGUGGUACGACGGGGAGUGGAGGCCGGACGUGAACUUGGAGUUUCUGGUGCUGGAAUUGUGUCCGCCGGUGUGGAUACCCGAGGAUCUGCUAUUGGAGCUGAAUCUGGAAGAGUACGAGCUGCUUGGGCCGGAUAACAGCAUCUUCAACAGCACGGAGGACGUGCUGGACAGCUUCUACAAAGAGGUGAACGAGGAGUACUGCCACAGGUUCUCGGACGGUAAGGGGUCAAGGCAUGAAGUGUUUUUCCUUACUGGUUGCAAAUUUGUGAAACUGUAUAAAGUGAAGCUCGCGCGGCUGGAAAAACUGCGGCCACUGGUCUGCGGGCUGCGGAGCUGGUGUCUGGUGAACAACCUGAUCCGCAACCUGGUUCGCCGCGAACACAGGGAGGCUGAAUCGCAGCAGGCCGAGGAGCUUUGGUUGAACGACAUGGUGAAGGACAACUUGGACAUUCUCAAGCAAGGAGAAGCGGCCACAGGGCCGGCGCAGAACGUCACCAGCAAGCGAAAGGGGUCCAUAUGA